AUGUUAAGAAUUGAUUCUCGUCUGCUAACAUUUUUCAUUUCGACAACUAAUAAUCCUGGCGCUCCACCGACAACUGCUGGUGGUGGUGGUGGGUCGAAACGUCUGGCUCAACAACAGGCUCAAGUUGACGAAGUUGUUGAUAUAAUGCGACAAAAUGUUGAUAAGGUGUUAGAACGUGACAAGAAUUUGUCGCUUCUUGAUGACCGAGCUGAUAAAUUGCAACACAAUGCAGCUCAAUUCGAACAACAUGCUGGUAAAUUGAAACGAAAAUAUUGGUGGAAAAAUAUGAAGAUGAUGAUUAUUAUGGGAGUUGUGGGCAUUAUUUUUACCAUUGUGGUGAUAGCGUGGAUUGCUUCAAAGGUCAAAGCAGUGACUCCUGAUCUUCCAUCCGGUGAUGUUACAACAUCUGCACCGUCGGUGAAUGAUCUAUCAGUGAAAGUGGCCGGUGGUUCAAUGGGCAUUUCAAGUGGAGAUUCAAAAGCACUACCAAAUAAACAUCGUGGAACGCGAAAAAAAACAUCUACAACCGCUGCGACUAUCGUUGAUGCCUCUGUUGCAACAGCAGCAUCGUCAGUCAAAGAUGAUGAUGGUAAAUCGAAUGCAGAUGAUGUAACCAAACGAGCUAUGAAACGAGUUAUUCGUGCAAUUCUUAAUAGGCAAUGA